GAGCGCGCCGCGUGGGAGAAGCGGAAACGGGACGAGGCCCUGAAGGCGGAGCGCGAGGCCGCGGAGAAGGCGGCGCUGCAGGCGGAGCUGGAGCGGGCCGUGAAGGAGGACGAGAAGAAGAAGAAGAGGAAGGGCGGCAAGGCCAAGACCGUCGCUGCACCACCUGAGAUCGUCCAGGCCGUACAGCAGGUCGAGGUGGACGAGAUGGUCCAGGUGGAGGAAGGAACAACCACCUGGCCGAUGAUCAAGGCACCCAGCAGCGCACCGAAGGAGGUGCCCAUUGCAGGUGGACCGGAGCGCUUCACCACGGCUGAUGCCAAGGGAAGGCUCCCGGUGCACAUCGGUGCCCUCUCCAAACGUCUGGACACCAUGACGCUCCUGCUGGAAUUGGAGGCGGAUGUGAACGCACCGGACUUGGAGGGGAACUCUGCACUGAUGUUGGCGGCCCGCAGCGACGACCGCUGGAUGGUGGAAGUGCUGUUGACGUUUGGUGCGGAUCCGGAAAUGAAGAACAUCAACAACGAGGAUUGUUUCAGCGGUUCCAGUCAAGUAAUGCAGGACUACAUCCACAAGUGGGUCCAACAGAAGCGUUUCCGCGGCCUGGUGGAGUUCCCGUUACCUCCCUCGCCGCUGCACGCGGUCUAUCGCGUGCGCGUGGAUUGUCUUCCGAUGCUCAUCUACACCGAGGAGCUGGAAACUGCCGUGGUGAAGUUCUUCGCGAAGCUGCAGUAUGAGAAGCCCUUCCGCAUCAUCGUGCCGGCGAAUCCGAUCCACGGCUGGCCCUUGGGCUUCGUCUACGCGGACUAUGCGGAGAAGCAGCAGGCCUUGGAGAUCUGCAGGGCCGCCAAGGUGGACGGCAUCUUCAUGCAACGCAGGAGGCUCAACUUGACCAACCAAGGUGCACAUUACCAGUACAAAGGGCCUGGUGAAGAGAUGCCAGCCGAAGGCGGGCCGAAGGACGUGAAAGCGGCUGCCUGACGGCGCAAAAAAAUCUCGCGCAGCGCAAGGAGGAACCCCCCUUGCGAAGCAAGGGGGGUGAACCUCUCAAAGUGGCUGCGGAGAUUGGACACUGAGCAAAAGACGUGUCGAAUUCGUGUCGGCUCGACG